AUGUGUAGGCAUUUGCUGGAGAAUCUCAGACACAGGGUUCAGAACUUGGAGCGGGAGUUGGCGGCAAGGGACCAAUCCCAGGGAAACGCUGGCCGCUCGCACGGCGGCGCUAGCCAAUCCCACGCCCGCACCCACUCCCCCUCCCAUGUACACAACAGCCAAGCAAGAAGCCUAAUAAGGCGCGAAGAGACACACACACAAGCGACCUCCAGACCCAACCGAAGCAAGUCGGAAGGCCGUUGGGGGUCCCAGAAAGAGGAAGACCGUAAUCCAGAAAACCCCAUCAUCAUAGGGGCAACCCCUUGUCAUCCCUCAAUCCUCAAGGUCCGGCUCCCGAGAAACUUCGACAAGCCAAUGGACAUGAGGUAUGAUGGGACCAAGGAUCCCCAGGAACAUGUCACGGCUUUCGAAGCAAGAAUGAAUUUGGAAGGAGUAGGCGACGCAGUCAGAUGCCGGGCGUUUCCCGUAACACCGGCCGGCCCGGCAAUCCGGUGGUUCAACACUCUCCCACAAGGUUCCAUCACGACUUUCGCAGACAUCUCCCAGAAGUUCCUAGCACGGUUCACGACGCGCAUAGCAAAGGCGAAACACCUGAUCAACCUGUUAGGGGUCACCCAGAAACCCGGCGAGCCGACCAGGAAGUUCCUGGAUAGGUUUAACAACGAAUGCCUGGAAAUCGACGGCCUCACGGACUCGGUCGCUAGCCUAUGCCUAACGAACGGCCUAUUGAACGAGGACUUUAGGAAACACCUAACAACCAGACCUGUAUGGACCAUGCAAGAAAUCCAAAGCAUAGCCAAGGAGUACAUCAAUGACAAAGAGGUCAGCCAGGUUGUGGCGGCCAAUAAACGGCAGCCACCCAACCCGCCACCUCGGCAUGCGCACCAAACUGAAAGAUACAAGGAAGCUCCUAGAGACAGCACCCCAAACAAACUACCCAAGCAACCACGGGUCUACCAGCAGAUUGCAGACAAAGGAAUCCUAUCCAGACCAAGACCCCUGAAGGAGAGAACGGAAGGCAACAAAAGCCUUUAUUGCGAUUACCACAAAGGGUUUGGUCACAAGACCCAGGACUGUUUUGACUUCAAAGAUGCCUUGGAACAAGCCAUCAGGGAGGGAAAACUAAACGAGUUCUCCCGGCUCAUUAGGGAGCCGAGGAGACGGGAAAGAGAGCGCUCGGAGGAAGACCGGAACCGGGCUGUCAAGCCAAGACAAGAACCUCCAGCGGACGCCAACAACCCCCCAGCCUUUGUGGUUAAUGUCGUGGUCGGACAAGAUAGCCCCCCCAAUUCCAAAUCAGCAACAAGGAAGGAUUCCCGAGUGCUCUCCAUCACAACAGAGAGCCCCACUGCCAGCAGGAAGCCCCCCACCAUAUCAUUUGGCCCAGAAGACAAAUGGUUCAAUGACCUUCCCGAGAACUCCCCCAUGGUAGUCACAGCAAUGAUCGGAACGGGACUGGUCAAACGCAUCCUCGUCGACACGGGAGCCGACUCAAAUAUCCUAUUCAGAAACGUCUUCGUCGCCAUGGGAUUCAAGGAAUCUGACCUCCAAAAUCACCAACAUGGAGUCAUGGGACUCGACGACAAUUUUAUCAAGCCCGACGGGACGAUCUCCCUCCCAAUCAGCUUAGGAACUGGCAAUGCCAGGAGAUCGGUUAUGGCAGAUUUCGUAGUCCUUAGAGACUCCACUGCCUAUAACAUCAUCCUAGGGUGGAAAACCAUCAACGAGUUCUCAGCUGUAAUAUGCACCAAGUUCCUAACAAUGAAGUUCAUGACGGACAAGGGAACAGUUGGUUCCAUAAGGGGAGACCUAGAAACGGCAGUCGCUUGCGACAACGCCAGCCUCUCCUUAAGGAAGGAGUCCAAAAAAGCAGCUGGCGUGUUCCUAGCAGACCUGGACGCCUGGAUAGAGGACAAACCAAGACUUGAACCAGAGGGAGACAUGGAGAAAUUUCAGAUAGGGAAGUCGGGAGCAAUUCACCUUCAUUAA